AAGAAGACGACGUAGUUGUUUGCAUGCUGGAGAAGAUUUGUUGUAAAAAAGUGCUUUUUACUAUGUCAAGACGGUGUUAUUUUCACCCCGAUUGCAAAUCUCCUAUAUAUGGCCUUCCUAAAGAUGAGAACAUUAGGGAGCAAUGGUUAAGGUUUAUUUUUAACUCGAGUUCUGAACAUAACAACCCCAACAUAUUUCUCUGUGCUGCGCAUUUUACGGAGGACAGCUUCAUUAAUCGUGAAAAGUACAAUGCUGGUAUCGCACAAAUGCUUAUCUUGAAAAAUGAAUCGGUUCCAACUUUAUCAGGACAACGAGAUGAUACUGGACCAAAACCUGAUGUGGAUUGUUGUGAAACUUCAGUGUAUGUGAUUGAUGGGAGCUCCUCAGAAAGUCUGGAUUCAGUGAGCGUUGAACAAGAUCAGCCACUGAUGGACAAACAUCUCCCUGAAGAGACAUCCGGUCCCACACAGGAAUCAGAGCUCGAUCUCAAUUUACUCUGUUACAGCGAGUCAGACAGUGAUCAGGAGGAUGAAUCUACUGAUAAAACCACCAAAGGGUCUCAUGAUAUCGUAUGUAAUGCUGAAGAACAGCAGGAGAUCCUGCAGACCACAGAGAAGACGUCUUCAGUCCAACUGAAGGAUUGCAGGAACCUGAUGGAGAGACAAAUAGAAACUAUAGUAGUGGAAGAUGACACUGAUGAUGAAGAUGAUGAUGAUGAUUAUGAUGAUGAUGAUGAUGAAGAAGAUAAGAAAAAGCGUUAUGAUGACGAUGAUGAUGAUUUCGUUCCUUCGGAUGAGUCUAAUGAUGAUGACUGUAUUCCUUCAGAUGAGAUCAAUGACUCUUCUGAUGAAGAGAAACCACACAAGUGUCCAUACUGUAAGAAGAGAUUUUCCGAUACAACUAAGGUUAAAUACCAUGUGCGUUUACACACCAAGGAGAAACCGUAUCAAUGCAGUAUAUGUGGGAAAACCUUUAGGCUUUCAUGUUCUUUAAAGUCACACGAAAGAACACACAGCGGGGAGCAACCCUUUCCAUGUUCACACUGUGGUAAACGUUUUAGUUCUAAAUAUUAUUUAACGCAACACGAGAGAGUUCACACUGGAGAGAAACCUUUCCUUUGCCAACACUGUGGGAAGAGCUUUGCUAAAGCCGAUGGAUUUAAAUUUCAUCUGAGAGUUCACACCGGAGAAAAACCUCAUCAGUGUUCUCAAUGUGGAAAGAGAUUCGCACAUCCCCGGGGCUAUAAGGCUCAUAAACAAGUUCACCUCAGAGUUAAACCUUAUCCGUGUAAUAUUUGUGGGAAGAGUUUCACUCGACAGGACAAUUUGGCGACACACCAGAGAAUUCAUACGGGAGAAAAACCUUACAAGUGCACCCAGUGUGAUAUGGGAUUUACACAAGCGGUUCUCCUGAGACUUCAUCAGAAAAAACAUACUGCAGGAAAACUUUAAUAUCUGUAGAGAUAUUCAAUCACGUAGGAAAUUUAAAAUACACAUCAGAAGAACAAUGCUGAAGAACAACAGACUGUGAAAAUGACAAAAAGUCAUUCACAAACACAAGUUUAUGUUUUCUUUUUUUUGUAGUAUAUUGAAAAUAAUAACAGCUUUCAUAAAUACAUUAAUUAGAUUAAAAAAACUCUAAUGUAUCUGCUUACCACAUUUCUAAUUCUGUGACUUUGUUUUUG